GUUGUGCUUGAAAAUGCUCCAUUUAAGUCAAAAAUCCGUAAUAUUUGCUUUUUAAUAUAAAAUCUUUGGCUAAUAAUAACCUCUAGUCAAACACCAAUGAUUUAUUUUUUUUGAAAAACCGUGAUUGAAGGGAUCCAUGACUCCAAUCCAUGCUAGGUGAUGCUAAUAACCAAGAUGCUAGCUAAAAGGAAAGUCCAAAGUUUUCCACCAGCCGCCAUGAGCUACGUAGCUAAACUGUGAGCUAUUAAUAUCAGGAAACAAACAAAAGUGUGUAUCUUCUCAAAUUUGCCUUGCUUUCAUUUGUCUUUUUGAUGUUUGUGUCACAAUAGAAGCACCCCCCCUGCCGUAGAAUGAAAAUGGUACAGUCCAAUCUGCUGAAUCUUAACCUUUGUGUUAAACACCAUUAGCUACUUGGCUAACCUGCUAGCCAACGCAGUAUAAAGAGCCAAAAUACUCUCUUUGCCAUUUUUUUCACUUUUGUUGAAGGAAUUAAUUGUCUCGUUUGGAUGUUUGAGUGACAGCUUAAGCAGAACGAUGACAAUUAGCCAAAGAUGCCCCAGUCCUGUCCCUUGGCCACCUUUCCCCAACCAGGAAGUGGUUUGCUCCGAUCUAGACAGACAAUCCAGCUCCUCUGAUUGUUUCUAACACCUUGGUGAAGAUGUGUUUGUUGCCAUUUCCACAAAGCAAAUGUCACACUUUCACGUCUGAGUGGUAGGCUGCGGCGAGCGGCGACGCCAUUAGCAUAAAACAACAAAAACAGGCACAUUAAGAACGGCGCCCUGCUUUCACUCGCAUUCAUCCCCACUUUCAUUUGUUCCCUUUUUAAAAUGAAGGCACUUGCAGAGCUUGUCGUGGAGGAACAUCUCUGCAGUAAUGAGCUGCAUGGAUCCUGACCUUGAUGGGCCUUCCACGGCCUUCUUAAAGAGCCCCAGUGGGACCGUGCCGGCAUCAUGGGAAUAUAUACGGUAACACCAACCCAUCAUCGUCUUGAAGACGGCUAAAACAAGAACUUCCAACAUCCUGAAGCAUCCCUCUGCCAGACAUUUGGAUCAUCUACAGGGCUGACGGUCCCACCAACGUGAGAUAAGGUCCAUGUACGCAGCCCAGCAGUCGGCAUCCAAGAUGGACAACACUCCGGCGGAUGAGAUGGUCCCGGAAGACGCCUGUUCCCUCAAUUCCUCCUCUUCAUCUUCACCGUGGACGUCAGGGGGCUGCAACGUGACCCGCGAGGACGGCUGGGAGCACGAGAGCCUGUCGCCCAUCAUCCCCAUCAUCACUGCCGUCUACUCGCUGGUCUUUGUGGUGGGCUUACUGGGAAACUGCCUGGUCAUGUAUGUCAUCAUCAGGUACACCAAGAUGAAGACGGCCACCAACAUCUACAUCUUCAACCUGGCGCUGGCCGACGCCCUGGUCACCACCACCAUGCCCUUCCAGAGCACCGACUACCUGCUCAACACGUGGCCCUUCGGCCAGGUGGUGUGCAAGGUCUUCAUCUCCAUCGACUACUACAACAUGUUCACCAGCAUCUUCACGCUCACCAUGAUGAGCGUGGACCGCUACGUGGCCGUCUGCCACCCGGUCAAGGCGCUGGACUUCCGCACGCCCCUCAAGGCCAAGGUGAUCAACGUGUGCAUCUGGAUCCUGUCCUCGGCCGCCGGGAUACCCGCUUUUGUUCUGGGGGGGACGCAGACCAACGCCGGCAUCACGGAGUGUGCCUUACAAUUCCCAGAGCCGUACGUCUACUGGGACACCCUGAUGAAGAUCUGCGUGUUCGUGUUCGCCUUCGUGGUGCCGGUGCUCAUCAUCACCGUGUGCUACUCCCUCAUGGUCCUGCGCCUCAAAAGCGUCCGAAUGCUGUCGGGCUCGCGGGUGAAGGACCGCAACCUGCGCCGCAUCACCCGUCUGGUGGUGGUGGUGGUGGCCGUCUUCGUGGUGUGCUGGACGCCCAUCCACAUCUUCAUCCUGGUCAAGGCCCUGGCCAGCGUUCCCGAGACCACCGCCAUCAUGGCCGCCUACUUCUUCUGCGUGGCGCUGGGCUACACCAACAGCAGCCUCAACCCCGUCCUCUACGCCUUCCUGGAUGAGAACUUCAAGCGCUGCUUCAAGGACUUCUGCCUCACGGCCAAGAUGAGGCGGGAGAGGGUAGCGGGCAGCAAGAGAGCGCUGGAGGCCGUGCGGGAGGCCGCCGUGCCUCUGCAGAACCCGGACGAGAGCAGCAAGCCCACAUGACUAGCCGUGGAACUGUCUUCUAUUUCCCACGGCGGGAAGGAAGACUCCCGAGAACUGGGACUCACCCAUAUCACGUCCACGUUGUAGACUCGGUCAUGGACUGGUGGACUUUUCAGUGAUGACAUUGACGUCUCGUCUCUGAAAAACACCAGUUAAAAGCUUAGAGCGAUCUUAUUGGGCAAGGGCUAUCAACACCAGAUGUUUAUUUCCGCGCUCCUCCUCCGCUUUCUGUCCCUUUUUGACCAGAUGUGCCUUUAGCAGUCCAGGUGGUGUACGAAAUGUGAGCAUGAUGGAGGGACUCGCAUGAAAACAACUGCUAAGUCGUGAAUAUUAUGUUGCAAGCGAGUGGAAAUGUAGAAGAGCAUGCCCAGUUGCCUCGCUUCGAUUUGACCGAGGGCUUUAUCGUCUCUGGAUUUGUGUCCACUUUGAAUUGUUGACUUUCUAGUAAAUAAUGCAUGGCAGCAUCGUCUUAUUGAGAUGCUCACGCUCACACGAAUAAAAUACUACAAUACUGGCUUUGUCUAUCGCACCGUACGUGUAGCAUGUCAGCAGUAGUAUAGUAAUGCAGCAUACGCUAUAUGCUUGACAUGUAUUGUUAUUCCAUGUACUGCUGAAACUGAAUGGGCUAAAUAUUUCAUCUAUUUUAGUCUUUCGUACAGUCCCUGGCUACAAAAAUAAACCCUGUCUUACAUGAAAGAGAUAUUUGUGCCAAAUGUGUUAUUUUUGGAUGUUUGUUUUCCUUUUUUUGUUGUUGGUUCCAUGUCUGCUGCUGUAUAUAUGUUUGUAA